GCAAACUUUGUACCAAACCCCCCUCUCAACUCUCCAUCUUUUGUGCACUGCCUUUCCUCAUCUCUUUGUGGGGUUUGGGGGUUUGCUCAUAGCAAUGGCCAUGCCUAAGUUUGCUGCUUUCAUGCUCUUGGCACUCCUUGCCAUUUCCAUGCUUCAAACCAUGGUUUUGGCAUCAGGGCAUCACAACAAUAAAGGUUAUGGUCCUGGAAGUCUCAAGAGCUACCAGUGCCCAUCACAAUGCACAAGGAGGUGUAGCAAGACACAGUACCACAAGCCAUGCAUGUUCUUCUGUCAGAAGUGCUGUAGCAAGUGCCUUUGUGUGCCCCCUGGCUUUUAUGGAAACAAGGCAGUGUGCCCUUGCUAUAACAACUGGAAGACCAAGGAGGGAGGUCCCAAGUGCCCUUAAGAAGACCCUACUAAGACUACUAUUAUAGUCCCAUAUAUAUAUAUAUAGCAUCAUAUUACUAUUGCUACUACUGCUAAGUACUAACUAUAUAUAUAUAUAUAUAUGUGUGUGUGUCUAUUUUGUCUUUGUGGUUUCUCUUUGUUGGGGGGUUUGUUUUGUUCAAUCUGAAUCAUCUGAUCAUUUGAAAUGGUUCAAGUUGUAUGUAUCACUUAACUCACCCCACUGGAUUUUACCUGAUGAGGGUGGUCAUAUUAUUUACUUGAUCUUAUAUUUUAAA